AUGAAGGCUCAGUCCCCCAAGAUUCAUAAGGCUCAGUUAUCCAAGGCUUUAUCUCAAAAGGUUCAGAAGGCUCAGUCCCAAAAGUUUCAGAAGGCUCAGUCCCAAAAGAUUCAGAAGGCUCAGUUCUCCAAGAUUCAGAAGGAUCAGUUCUCCAGGGUUCAGAAGGAUCAGUUCUCCAAGGUUCAGAAGGAUCAGUUCUCCAGCGUUCAGAAGGAUCAGUUCUCCAGGGUUCAGAAGGAUCAGUUCUCCAAGGUUCAGAAGGAUAAGUUCUCCAGCGUUCAGAAGGAUCAGUUCUCCAGGGUUCAGAAGGAUCAGUUCUCCAAGGUUCAGAAGGAUCAGUUCUCCAAGGUUCAGAAGGAUCAGUUCUCCAAGCUCUGCUUUGACUUGAUCCGUCUUGGCACCAGUCUCAGAGCAGACGAGUCAGAGCACCAGGCCUGCAGUCUCUUCUUCAGCCCCUCCCCACACUGCACUCCCGGGCUGCACAGCGGUCACCGAAUGGACCGAGCCGGGGUCAGAGCCGGCGUAUGCUCCAGCGCGAUAAUUCCAGCUCGGAACAGCCACGAGAGCGUGCGUCCGUGA